AUGUUACGAGGAUUGCUUUCAAUGGUCCACAAAGGCGCUAGCCUUGAAAAUGCUAUUGCUGUAAAUUCAGGCUCGAUAAGAAAACGCGGCAUCUGCAGCACAAUACCAUUAUGGAAGAAAAAGAUGCCUGAUCGUCCACCGCCCGUAAAUGAAGCCGAUUUUACAGAGGUAUUCUUGCAUGGUAGCGGGCCGGGAGGUCAGAAAAUCAACAAAACUUCCUCCGCAGUUCAGUUAAAACAUAUUCCAACAGGUAUGGUCCUCAAGAUUCAGGCCACCCGUUCUCGUACGCAGAAUCGCAAAAUCGGACGGCAGAUGCUGGCGGAAAAGCUUGAGUUGUUGGAAAAGGGGAAGGAGAGUAGGGUUGCAGUUGUAGGGGAAACGAAAAGGAAGAAGAAGUGCAGUGCUGUAAAGAAGAGUAAGAGAAAAUACCGACUUUUGGCAGAACAAAACGCGGCGAAGACAGGGGAAGACAAUGUUGAGGAGGAUUUUGAGGAAGGUUUUGAGGAUGAUACUGAUCUUGAGGAGGGCUGGGGAAAAUCAGUAGAAGACAUGGAAACUGCGAAACAAAAAUCAUCGAAGAAAGGGGGCGACCCUUGA